CACGCGUGUGCCAAAUGCUUCAGUCUGAUGCCGCACCAGCACAAACAAUUGCGUGGGUGCAUGCAAGCAAAUGAAGCCCAUCGAUAUCUCCAGCGCAGCUUGCAUGUUCGUCAUGGUGCACGUACUAUAUAUACCACUCCUCUCAUGCUCACUGGUACACACGCAACAAUCCAUCUUAGUAAUUUAUCUCGAGAUCCAUCGACAAUUGUGAUGAAGCUCAGCGCGCGCGCCAUCGUAUUCUCUUUCUGCCUGGGGCUCGCGUUCUUCGCCGGGCAGCCUGUAACUGUCCAUGGUGGCCGCGGGGGCGGCGGCCAUGGCAAGAAGGACGCCGUUGUGGACAAGGUUAACAAGAUAGUGGCCAAGGCCAUCCAGGACAAGCCCGGCGUCGGCCCCGCCCUCAUCCGGCUGCUCUUCCACGACUGCUGGGUCAACGGCUGCGACGCGUCCGUGCUCUUGGACGGCAGCAAGACGGAGAAGAAGGCCAAGAACAACAUCGGCCUCGACGGCUUUGACGUGAUCGACGAGAUCAAGGGCGAGGUCGGCGAGGACGUCUCCUGCGCCGACAUCGUCGUCCUGGCCGCGCGCCACGCGACCUUCGUCGUCAGCCGCGGCAAGAUCGCCUACUCCGUGAAGACGGGCCGCAUGGACGGCGUCAGCUCCUCUGCCGCCGCUGCAGACGCGGUCCUCCCGCCAUCAACCCUGCGGUUCCCGCAGCUCAAGGCUAACUUCGCAUCCAAGAAUUUCACCGUGAGGGAGCUCGUCGUUCUCUCUGGAGCGCACGCCGUCGGCGUCGCCCACCGCUCGUCCUUCGAGGACCGCCUUGACGAUGACAUCACCCCCAUCAGCGCCAAGUACCAGACGGCGCUCGUUGCCGACGUAGAGGCCAAGACGACGGCGACGGUGCCGGACCCGAUCGAGCCGAACAACAUUCGCGACAAGGAGUUCGCCUUUCGGAACGCGUCCGACUACGACGACACAGGGGUGGAUACGUCCAAGGCGGCGAGGGGGGUGCUGGACAAUAGCUACUACCACGCCAACCUCCAGAACGCGGUGCUCUUCAGGUCCGACUGGGAGCUACGCAACGACACCACCGGCGAGGGUGGCAUGGAGACGUUCAAGGCCGACGCCAAAAAGUGGUACCUCCAAUUCGGCAAGGCCAUGGCCAAGCUCAGCGAGCUCCCCGCCGAGGGCACUCGUUUCGAGAUCAGGAAGAACUGCAGAAAAACCAACUAGAACUACUAUCCCAACAAAUUUAGAUCUUGAUACUUUGAUCAAGACAUUUGUAAUUCCUUUGUGAUACGUGCA